GCUUCCGGCCGGGCCCGGUCACGUGACUGGGGUUGGGAUCGGGGGCGCUGGGGCGGCCUGACGGAGGCCCGUCAGUGGCGGCGGCGGCGCUGCUGCUCCCGCGGCGGGCGAGAGGGACGGCGGCGGCGGCGGCGGGCCGGCCCAUCUGGAUGAGGGUCCCUCCUCCUGCAGGCCACCUACGAUUCCCCUUUCCCCGGCGUCCCUUGUUUUAAAAAAAAAAAAAGAAAAGAAAUGGAUGACAAGGCUUCCGUGGGCAAAAUCAGUGUGUCUUCCGAUUCGGUCUCGACGCUCAACAGCGAAGAUUUCGUCUUGAUUUCCCGGCAAGGCGAUGACACCCCUUCCACCAAUAACGGCAGCGAUGACGAAAAGACAGGGUUGAAGAUCGUAGGAAAUGGGAGUGAGCAGCAGCUGCAGAAGGAACUGGAAGACGUCCUAAUGGAUCCCCCCAUGGAGGACCCCUCAAAUGACCGGGAGGGGGAGGAAGAGAGCCCCUCCCAGGACGGAGAAGGGGAUGAGCUGGUUCUCCUCGAGGCCUCCGCCUCCUCCACCAUCAACCCUGUGUCUGUGACGGGACCCUCCAAGCCAGAAAUGAGGCUCCCGGUGAAGCCAUCCCAGGGAGAUUCGGAGGAGUCCAGUCCCUUCACCCCGGUGGCCGACGAGGACAGCGUGGUCUUCAGCAAACUCACCUACUUGGGCUGCGCCUCCGUCAACGCCCCCCGGAGCGAGGUGGAGGCCCUGCGGAUGAUGGCCAUUCUGCGCAGCCAAGGCCAGACCUCCGUGGACGUGACGCUCUCUGUGCCAAACGUGUCCGAGGGCACCGUGAGGUUGCUGGAGCCUCCAACAAACACCGAAAUAGCCAACUAUCCCAUUUACAAGAUCCUGUUCUGCGUGCGAGGUCACGACGGGACUCCGGAAAGCGACUGCUUUGCUUUCACGGAAAGCCAUUACAACUCUGAGCUCUUCAGAAUUCACGUCUUCCGAUGCGAGAUCCAGGAAGCUGUGAGCCGGAUCCUGUACAGUUUUGCCACCGCUUUCCGCCGUUCUGCCAAGCAAGUCCCGCUCGCGGCCCCUUUGACUCCGGAGAUGCCGGACAGCGACAUCUUCACCUUCUCUGUCUCCCUGGAAAUCAAGGAGGACGAUGGGAAAGGCUGCUUCAGUGCCGUCCCGAAAGACAAAGACAGACAAUGCUUCAAGUUACGGCAAGGGAUCGACAAGAAGAUCGUCAUCUAUGUGCAACAGACCACUAACAAAGAAUUGGCCAUCGAGAGAUGUUUCGGCCUCCUCCUCAGUCCCGGAAAAGACGUACAAAGCGGAGACAUGCAUUUGCUGGAUUUGGAGUCGAUGGGAAAAAGCUCAGACGGGAAAUCGUACAUCAUCACCGGGAGUUGGAACACCAAGUCUCCGCACUUCCAGAUAGUGAACGAGGAAACGCCCAAAGACAAGGUGCUCUUCCUGACCACAGCUGUGGAUUUGGUGAUUACGGAGGUGCAGGAGCCCGUCCGCUUCCUCCUGGAGACCAAAGUCCGCGUCUGUCCCCCGAAUGAGAGGCUCUACUGGCCCUUCAGCAAGAGAAGCUCGACGGAAAACUUCUUCCUAAAAUUGAAGCAGAUCAAGCAGAAGGACCGAAAGACCAGCACUGACACUCUCUACGAAGUGGUGUGCCUGGAGAGCGAAUCCCAAAGGGAAAGGAAGAAAACCACGGCCAGCCCCGCCAUCCGUCUCCCCCAAUCCGGCUCCCAAGGCUCUAUGAUCCCCUCCCCUCCCGAGGAUGAUGAAGAGGAAGAUAACGACGAGCCUCUGCUCAGUGGCUCAGGGGACGUCUCUAAAGAGUGCGCAGAAAAGAUCCUGGAGACCUGGGGAGACCUGCUUUCCAAGUGGCACUUGAACCUGAGCGUGCGGCCCAAACCCUUGUCUGCGUUGGUGAGGAGCGGCGUCCCCGAAGCUCUCCGGGGAGAGGUGUGGCAGCUUCUGGCAGGAUGCCACAACAACGAUUUCCUGGUGGAGAAAUACCGGAUUCUCAUCACAAAGGAGUCUCCGCAGGACAGCGCCAUCACUCGGGACAUCAACCGGACCUUCCCGGCCCACGACUACUUCAAGGACACCGGCGGGGACGGGCAGGACUCGCUGUACAAAAUAUGCAAGGCUUACUCGGUCUACGACGAAGAGAUUGGCUACUGCCAAGGACAAUCUUUCCUGGCUGCAGUGCUGCUCCUACACAUGCCUGAAGAACAGGCCUUUAGUGUUCUGGUCAAAAUCAUGUUCGACUACGGACUCAGGGAGCUUUUCAAACAGAAUUUUGAGGACCUGCACUGCAAGUUUUAUCAGCUGGAACGUCUCAUGCAGGAAUACAUCCCCGAUCUCUACAGCCACUUCCUCGAUAUCAACUUGGAAGCCCACAUGUAUGCUUCCCAGUGGUUCCUAACCCUUUUUACCGCAAAAUUCCCCCUCUACAUGGUCUUCCAUAUCAUCGACCUGCUGCUGUGCGAGGGCAUCAGUGUUAUUUUCAACGUCGCACUUGGACUGUUAAAAACCACCAGGGAUGACUUGCUGCUGACAGACUUUGAGGGGGCUUUAAAAUUCUUCCGAGUGCAGCUCCCCAAGAGGUACCGCUCGGAGGAAAACGCCAAGAAACUGAUGGAGCUGGCAUGUAGCAUGAAGAUUAGCCAAAAGAAGUUGAAGAAAUAUGAGCGAGAAUACCAUACGAUGCGGGAGCAGCAGGCUCAGCAGGAAGAUCCCAUCGAAAGGUUCGAGAGAGAAAACCGACGCUUGCAGGAAGCCAACAUGAGGCUGGAGCAGGAAAAUGACGACCUGGCCCAUGAAUUGGUGACUAGCAAGAUCGCCCUGCGGAAGGACUUGGACAACGCAGAAGAAAAAGCCGAUGCACUGAACAAGGAGCUCCUGAUGACCAAGCAGAAGCUGAUAGACGCCGAGGAUGAGAAGAGAAGGCUGGAGGAGGAAUCGGCUCAGCUGAAGGAGAUGUGCCGGAGGGAACUGGACAAGGCCGAGUCGGAGAUUAAGAAGAACAGCUCCAUCAUUGGGGACUACAAGCAGAUCUGUUCCCAACUGAGCGAGAGGCUGGAGAAGCAGCAGAUAGCCAAUAAAGCUGAAAUUGAGAAAAUCCAGCAAAAAGUCGACGACUGCGAACACUGCCGGGAGUUUUUCAACAAAGAAGGGCGGUUGAAGAUGGUCAGCGUGGCCAGGGAGGGGUCCGACGAAGACACCGACGAGGAGAAGGAAGUGCUGAAGAACCAGUUACGAGAAAUGGAGUUGGAACUGGCCCAGACCAAAUUGCAACUGGUGGAGGCCGAAUGCAAAAUCCAGGACCUGGAGCACGAUCUGGGACAGGCGCUGAACGAGGUGCAGGCCUCGCGCAAAACCUGGUUCAACCGAACGCUGAGCUCUAUAAAGACAGUGACCGGCGUCCAAGGGAAAGAGACGUGCUGAAGAAGGUGGACAGCAACCUCGGGGUAGGGGGCUGCUCCCGGGGCCUCCCCUGAGAGACCUUCUGCCUUCCAGAACUUGUCUUGGCUGGCUGCCUUCAGGAGAAAGGACCAGAUGUAUAUAGGACUCCCGAAACACAUCGCGGCGCGGCAGAACUUUUCCCCACACAGGCCGGAGACCCAAGCCGGACGCGCUGCUUGUAACGAGACGAGGGAUCUUCAAACUACUGAUUAUUUAACCGGGGGGGGGGGAUGUAUCUGUAGACCGAUGCUUUUUUCCCCUCUUUUUCCCAGAGAAGGAACAACGAUCCGCUCCAUUCCGCAGGCGCUUAGGUACGAAGAAUCGACCGCCUUCUUCUAACAUAACCCAGUUUACAAACAAGUGCUUUUUUUUUUUUUUGGUUUGAUUGUUUUUUGUUUUUACAGUGACAACUUUUUAAAAAGAUUCCACUCGAGAGGAACAAAAGGAAAACCAAAACCGCCGCCACUCAAAACCGCCGCGGCUCUUUUUAACAAAAAAAAAAAAAGUUCCAACUCGUCUUGCCAGAGAGCGAACGAAAGGUUUCCCCACUCCAUCCAAAUAGGGGCUUGCAUGGUUUAACUUUUGGAAAUGGGACUCACAUGCCCCACUGCCCAAUGUUUGUGUGUGUGUCCCCCGUUCCCCCCCCCCCGGUCUCUUUUUCUCUGUCUGUCUGUCCAGCGCUUCGUUCUCCGUCAUGAAAUAACUUCUAUGCAACUCAGCGGGUGUGGGGGCUUCUUAAGCCAACUCAUUCCCCCACCCCCUGGGGGUGGAGAACUCCUCCCGAACAAAAGCUGAGAUUUCAACGACACCGUUUCAUCAGGGUCCGUUUUAUAGACACACAUGCGCAGGCGACUCGUGUUUGUGAACUUGCAAUCCACCCACCCUCCUCGGGACUUGCUCUGGGGCUCCACUUCGCUCUCGUGGAAGUCGAGGAAAGGGUGGAAGUCGCCUCCCCUUUGCCGGUUCGGAGUUAGCUCCCCCCCCUUCCCCCGCCGGUGCGUCCACUCUGAAACGGUCGCUUGGUUCUCGACAGGAGAAUCGUUGGCUUCCAUUUUGCUUUUAUCUCCGUUUUUUGGUGAGUUUUCCUCCUGUAGAAAGCAGGUGGGAGAUACAGAAAUGGCUCCGGGAAUGAGAGGGAGCUUCAUUUUUUGACCACUGUUGCUGCUGCUGCUAAACUCACCUUUGGCCCUGACUCGUUGAGGGCCACACACACCCCCACACACACACCCCGUUCCCCUUCCCCAUGAACACUCCUUAGUUUUUGUAACUACACUAGUAGGUGAUAACGCUACUUAAGAUUUCCGAUGGCUUAGAGCAGGGCUCUCCAUCCCUCGGCAACUAUUUAAAGACUUGUGGACUUCCAACUCCCAGAAUUCUUGGCUGAGGAAUUCUGGGAGUUGGAAGUCCACAAGUCUUUAAAAAGUUGCCAAGGUUGGAGUAGCCAAACUUCCUCGCACCAGAAAAGCUGAAGAACGAAACGGUGUUUUGUUUUUUUUCCUUUUUUGGGCAGGAGGUGGGCACCUUUUUAUUUAUGCUGAUUUAUUCGAUGCUGAAAUAGCAGCUUCUUCUUCUUUCUUUCUUUUUUUUUUUGUGUGUUUAAAUCAGCAGAUGAACUUAACCGUGUGCAGUGUGUGUGAGCGUAGGCCGGUAACCCCUCAGAGGCACUGUCUGUAUAUAAAGAUAAUUUUUAUUUCCGAGUUCUUUCUUUUUUUUUUUCCUCUUUCCUCAACCAGACUUAACGCUAGCUGACGCAAACUGAGAUGUAAGAGGUGAAGCCAAUCCCUGAUUUCAUUCACGAUUUCUCUCUCCUUUAAACUGUAUACAUGAAUAUCUUUCUUGUUUAAUAAUAACGAGGAAAAAAACAACACAAAAAACCUUACAAUAUUACUGUAACUCCAUUGAUAAUAAAACAAAAAUAAAAAAAGUGUGGACUUUGUGGUAGAAUAGUUGCCAUGUGUAGCAUUUUGGAUUGACCUAUAAACUUAGUAAAAUGGUA